UAUAACGAAAACUUUCUGACGCAUAGGUACUUUUUGAUUGGCGCUCUUUUACUUCGUGCUUCCUUCAUUCGCUCAGCUCUUUCAAUUUUACAGAAAAUGGCUACCGAAGAAUUGGUGACUGAGCAGUUUCAAUUUUUAGGUAUAGAAGUAUCAAAGGAAGUUUUGACAAAAUGUGUGAGCCUAUGUACAGAGUAUAAUGUAGACCCCGAAAGUUUUAUUGAACAAUGGAUGGCAUUUAGUUUAACUGUACUAAACGGAGCAUCGCCAACUUUAGAAAACUUGGAGUUACUCGCUAAAAGGGAAUUUUCCAAACGUUCGGCCAGUCGGCCUAAUGUUCUCCCUGAUGAAGUUACGAAUUCAAGUACCGGCACAAGUUUGACUGUUUACGGCGCAAACGCAGCUAUUCCGUCAGAAAUUGAUGUCCUAUCAAAUUAUAUGAGUGUUACUCCAAAGAGAGUAAAAAUAGAGAAAAAUGAACAAGGAAAAAAUCAUAAUAAUGAGUUACAUCCUGCCACAUACUCGCCCAACGUUGACAAAUCGGGGAAAUAUAAUUCGCGAUCGAAUCAAGGGGCCGUGGUACACUCGUAUGGAGAUGAAAGUCUAUUGGCAGCAAUAGCCACGCCGACUGGAGUUGACUUAAUGGAAUUGAAUGUAACGCAAGUACCAAACGAUGACGGGGACUUGUAUACUAAAGCGAUGUUCGGCUUUGAAUUGCUUCACGAGAAAGCGGGCACGUUCGACAAUCACAUCAGAUAUUUGUCGCAAUGUAUCAUGAAGAAAAAUGGCUUUACAGAGUUGUCUUCCGUUAGACACAAAACACAAACAGAAGUUCUAGUGGCAGGUCGAAUAGAAUGCGACGCAGACGCGAGGCUCAACUCUAAGAGUGUAGUUUUGCAAGGAACUUGGGAAGACUCGCUUAGUCAGGCCGUAUCUGUUGAUUUAGAUGGAGUAAAGCAGUACUCGCUCUUCCCCGGACAAGUCGUAGUGAUGAGGGGUGUGAACCCGAGAGGCGACAAGUUCAUAGCGCAAGAAAUAUUCUACGACGCGUCUUGUCCUGUGCCCGAUCCUAAGGCCGAUAUGAUGAAUAUUUUGAAAGGUAAUUUAUCAAUGGUGGUUGCGGCUGGUCCCUAUACAACUUCCAACAACAUGGCUUAUGAGCCUCUUAAAGAUUUCAUCACAUACAUUGGAACACACAAACCACACAUAGUCAUCAUGACUGGGCCCUUUAUGGAUUGUGAACAUGCGAAAAUUAAAGAUCACUCUAUGGCUGAGACAUAUAAAUCCUUCUUUGAUAAGCUGAUUGAUAGCAUUGCAGAAAUAAGUACAACAAGCCCCUUCACCAAGGUGUACAUAGUGUCGAGUCCAAAGGAGGUGUUCAGUAUGAACAUCUACCCAGCUCCACCAUUCAGCAGUCGCCGUAAACACACCAACAUACAUUUUCUACCCGACCCUUGCACUUUGAACAUAAACGGCAUCAUAGUGGGCGUUACUAGCACAGACAUAUUGAUGAAUAUCAGUCAAGAGGAAAUUUCCUACGGGCCGGCGGGCGACAAGCGCGCGCGGCUGGCGGCGCACGUGCGCGCGCAGCGCAGCUACGCGCCGCUGUGGCCGGCGCCGGCCGACGCGGCGCUGUGGGCCGCGCACGCGCAGCUGCCCGCCGCGCCGCACCUGCUGCUGCUGCCCUCCAACUUCAGAUACUUUGUCAAGGAAGUGAAUGGUUCUGUCGUCAUAAAUCCAGAACAUUUGACUAAAGGCGAAGGAGGCGGUACAUUUGCACGAGUACUAAUAACUCCAGAUAUAAAUCCACCUAUUGGGAUCGCGGCGCAGAUUGUCAGGAUUUGAAUUAGUGUAUUCGGAUGUAUAAAAUAAAGACUUACCUCAUUUUA